CUUAGUCUUUUUCCUUUCAGGAAACACAUCCUGUUCACAUCUGACUGCUGUGGCAGUGGCUCUGUUUGUUGCAGCCGGCUACGCCCUGAGGCUCACCAAAAACAGCCACAAAAACAACCAUUUCCUCUCCAUUGAGAGAUAGGAGGAAAAAACUUCCUUGCAGCAGAGGUUCUGCAAUCCUGCUUCUACCUCACACAGCCCUGACAUUCGCAGAAGAACAGGGGCAGCAGAACAGAUUUCCUUGGAAUACACCAGCCUUCCAGGGCUCCUUGGGAAAUAAGUGUUGAAUUUUUCCUCAGAAUUUGUCUUGGUGUUGAGAAUGAAUUUCUACUGCAUCUGUGGGAUGCUCUGAGUUUGGGGCCGUUGUGAAACGAUUUAAGAGCUCUUGCAGCCUAACUCCUAUGCAGAUCUUAGUCUCCUCUCACAGCUGUGUUCCAGAAGGUUGAGGCACCCGGCACCGUUUGCAGGCAUUUUAGCAUCUACUGUCCAAGAACGCGGCACUUCCUACAUCAACAUUUCGCAAGUUGGUUCCAGAAAGAAUGCACCUCAUCUUUCAGCUCUUCACCAGCUUGGCUCUGCUCAAAGUGCAGGAAGGUGGAUAAGGCACCGCUUGGGAAGACAGAACUCUGGAAGCCUCGCUUCUGCUCGUUAUAUGGAUUUCCCCUCUCUGCCUAGUUGCUCUUUGUGCAAUCAGAAACCCCCCAGGAGCUGACUUUGAGAAUGAAUGGUGAUGUUCUCUAGCCAUUCAUAACUUCAUUCUGUGCCUGCCUCCCAUCUGCAGCCCCAAUUAAAUGUACUGCAGCUGACCGGGACUCUUGGAUCUUCUACAAAGAGAGGCUGCCAGCGGUUGAUGACAGUCAGAUAUGACUGUCCAGAAGCUGGUAGCCACAGCUGUGUUGGUAGCUUUGGUCUCACUUAUUCUCAACAACGCCGCUGCCUUUACCCCCAACUGGGUGUAUCAGACCUUGGAGGAUGGGCGAAAGCGCAGUGUGGGGCUGUGGAAGAUGUGCUGGCUGGCAGAGAAGGGAAGAGGAGGUGCAGGCACAGGUGCCAGGCAUGGGCAAGGGGCAGAGCGUGAAUGUGAAUCCUUGGGCUGGGGUUCGGAGCCAGCUGGGUUCCAGGAAUCUCGUAGCACUGUCAAACUGCAGUUUGACAUGAUGCGAGCCUGUAACAUGAUUGCCACGGUGGCUCUGACAGCUGGCCAGCUCCUCUUUGUGUUGGGAUUGGUAGAACUGCCCAUUAUCUCCCAGGAUACCCAGUGGUGGGAAGAAGCCAUAGCCGCGGUGUUCCAGCUUGCCAGUUUCGUUCUGGUCAUUGGGUUGGUGACCUUCUAUCGUAUUGGACCCUAUACCAGCCUGUCCUGGUCUUGCUACCUGAACAUUGGGGCUUGUCUUCUGGCCACACUGGCUGCUGCCAUUCUCAUAUGGAACAUCCUUCACCGACGGGAGGACUGCAUGGCACCCAGAGUCAUCGUUAUCAGUCGUACCCUGACUGCUCGCUUCCGACGUGGGCUGGAGAAUGACUAUGUUGAGUCACCAUGCUGAGAAGUUGUGGGUAAAAGGGGCAGACUCUUCAGAGAAGACGACACACAAAAUGGACUGCUUUCUAUAAAAUAUGCCAUGUAAUUUAAACAUUGAAGGAAAUCACUAAGUUCACUUUUCAAUUAAAGAAGCCCAACAUUA